AUGUUUGUAGUUAUGGAUUCCAUGGAAAAAACAUCUGAGAAGUGCUUAGAUUCUCAACUAUGGCAUGCCUGUGCUGGUGCCAUGGUUCAAAUGCCACCACUCAACACAAGAGUCUUUUACUUUCCUCAAGGUCACGCAGAACACGCUCAUGGCAAAGUAGAUUUCAGCAAAACGCGCGUUCCAGCUCUUAUCCUUUGUAGAAUCUCUGCCAUGAAAUACAUGGCUGAUGCUGAUACUGAUGAAGUGUAUGUGAAAAUGAGAUUGACUCCUUUAAGAGAAAACGAGAUGGGUUCAGAAGAAGAUUGUUUCAUCGGAAACAAUGGCUUAGAGGGUCAAGAAAAGCCUGCUUCUUUUGCCAAGACAUUGACUCAAUCCGAUGCCAACAAUGGUGGGGGGUUCUCAGUUCCGAGAUACUGCGCUGAGACUAUUUUUCCUAGAUUGGAUUACUCUGCAGAACCACCUGUUCAGACGAUUAUUGCGAAGGAUAUGCAUGGACAGUGUUGGAAGUUUCGGCAUAUCUAUAGAGGAACACCGAGGAGACAUCUUUUGACUACUGGUUGGAGCAAUUUCGUGAAUCAUAAGAAGCUUGUUGCUGGUGAUUCGAUUGUGUUUUUGAGAGCUGAAAAUGGAGAUCUUUGUGUUGGUAUAAGGAGAGCAAAGAAAGGUGGAAUCGGCGGUGGAACUGAUCAGUUUUCCAAUUCUUCUGGUAAUUGGAACCGUGUAUCAUCAUCACCUUUGUUUGGUGCUGGUAAUUUCUUGUGUGGAAUAGGAAGAGUUGCUUCUGAGUCUGUUAUUGAAGCUGUGAACUGUGCUGUGAAUGGAAGAUCCUUUGAGGUUGUGUAUUAUCCAAGAGCUAGUACUCCUGAGUUUUGUGUUAAGGUUUCUUCUGUUAAAUCUGCAAUGCAAAUUCAAUGGUGUUCUGGUAUGAGAUUCAAAAUGCCAUUUGAAACCGAAGAUUCUUCUAGAAUCAGUUGGUUUAUGGGAACUAUUUCUUCUGUUAAAGUUCAAGAUCCAAUUCGUUGGGCUGAUUCUCCUUGGCGUCUUCUUCAGGUAGUGUGGGAUGAACCAGAUUUGCUUCAAAAUGUGAAAUGUGUAAACCCUUGGUUAGUUGAACUAGUUUCAAACAUGCCGAGUUUCAACCUCUCGCCAUUCACGCCACCGAGAAAGAAACCGAGGUUUAUCCAAGAUCCAUAUUUUCAUCUCAUAAACCAACUGCCAAUGCCAACAACAGCAACAACAUCAUCAACGUCGUCGUUCUCCAACAUUAAUCUUCUCAAUUACGCGAACUCGUCUCUCUGUAACAUUCAAGAUAGUACUACUACGACUAAUAGUUAUUCUGCGUCAAGCAUACAGGGAGCCAGGCAUGCUCAAUUUGGACAAAACAACCAAUCUGAUUUUCCAUUCAGCAAGCUUCACCAUGACAUGUUUCUUAGUAAUUUGUCACUGUCGAGAUUCAAUCAACAACAAACUGUUAUUAGGCCUUACAAGAGUAUCAACAACAAUACUAACAACACUGUUGACUUGUCUUGCUUGUUGAGUGUGGGAAAUUCUGGUCAAAGUUUUAAGGAAGUAUCCAAUAUUGAAGCAAAAGCACCCCACAAACACAUUUUGUUGUUCGGAAAACUCAUUCAAACCGAAGAAAACAACAACGAAUCGAAUAUUUCAAAGAGUGGUUCUUUAUCUGAAACGUGUUUGAAAACAUCGAAUGUUUCUUCUUCUGAACCAGUUGAGAAUUCUUCUGAUGCAGGGUCACCUUGGUACAAGGAUCAACAACAACAUAAGACUGAUAUUGUUGGAACAGAAAAUAUUACAACAUUAUGCAUGGCUUCAUAA